AUGGAAAAAGGCAGUCGUCGUAAAGUCGCCAGUGCAUGUGACCGAUGUCGCAGACAGAAACUCAAGUGCGAUGUCGAGCAUCCGUGUACUUUAUGUGCACGAGCAAACGUUGAGUGUGUUACACGACCGGAUGACCGAUGGAGGCAUCAUGAGACUUCAAUGAAGCGAGCCGGACCCAAGAAGGAUGGGCCAGUGACCAAACGUCGGAGGCUGGACCACCGACCGGAGAAUCCAACUGUCCCUACCAUAGCCGACCUAAUUUCAGCUGACGAUAUUGUUGACUCAGCCGCAGAAGGGUCCUGGAACUCAAGCUCUACAAUCAGGCUUGUUGAAGAGGCAUUCCAACACCAUGAAGCCGUCUCGCCUGAGCGUCCAGAAACCUCCGCGUUUUCAUCAGUAACAUGGGCUCAAACUUACCCUAAGACAUCCGGCGAUUCUCAUGAAGACGCAGCUUACGGCUCUCUAGGAAGGCUCCUGUCUAAGCAUACUCGAAGCACACACAAGCCACAGAGUCACUGUAGGGUCGGAUCAUCUACUAUUGAGCAAGAACUCUUGUCCUUGUUACCCGACGUAGAGCCUACGACUAUCUUGGUUGACAACUACUUUGACCGGAUCCAUUGGUUCAUGUUACUGUUUUACCAGGACAGUUUCAGAAAGAAACUUCAAGAGCUCUAUAUUCCCAGUCUUCAUCCUAGUGGUCAGAGUACGGAGACAAAUGGCCGUGUUGGGUUCGUCUUUGUGCUCCUGGCUGUCCUGGCAACUAGCUUGCAUCAUAUUAGUGAGGCACAGAAACAACAGUUACAGUCUCACAAUAUUGAACCGCAGACCCUGAAAGAAAGAUUACUAGCAAACCUUAAGCUAAUGUUCUUAGACGUCGUGUCACUAGGCUCUCUAGAGGCGGUACAGUUCUGCGUCUUAUUGGGAAGUUACUAUCUCUACCAUGGGGAACCAGAAAUUGCCUGGCCCAUGUGUGGCUCUGGGCUACGUAUCGCCCAAGCACUCAACCUUCACCGAAAAGCACCGCCCAAUGGCUCUCGAGAUCGCGCUCUCGCCCAACCCAUUGAAGACAGAAAACGGGCAUGGUGGGCAGUGUAUGAGAUAGAAACGUUCUGCUCCAUGCUCUACGGCUUUCCCUUGGGGUUUUCUGACAGCGAUUGCGAUGUUGACGCGCUAGAUCCGUUCGACGAGUAUUCGAGAUCUACGUCAGAGGCCCGACUGAUGAGACAGCCGACGCUGCUGUUCUACAAGUGCUCUAUGUCGGAGUUGUCAGCGAUCGUGAAAUCCAUAUUAAUCGACCUGUACGGAGCUCGGCGUAGCGGUGGCCAGCAAAACUCAUGUGGGCCGAAGAGCCUUAUCAAUAGAGUGGCGACUCUAAAUCAACGACUCUUGGACUGGAGCCGAACUCUCACUCCGGAACUCAGAUUCGACAGCUCUAGAGCUGUUCCAGAUUCUCAUACAGGCAGCUCUAAAGUUUCUGAUCGAGCAUUUGAAGACCAUCUUUUCCGCCUACAAGCACUUGCCCUCAAACUUGCAUACGAAAACGCAAGGAUCUUGAUUCAUAGGCCUCUUCUUUCCUUCAAGAUGGUCUGUUCAUCUUCCACAUCACAAAGGGACACUUCAGGAAGGACUGACCCUUUUCGUCUGGCGAUGCAUGAGUGCCGAGAUGCUGCACUGCAGAUCUCACAAGUCGCUUCAACUCCUUACCUUCGAGAAGCAUCAGAGACAUAUGCCAUAGCAUUUGUGUCUUUGCACCUCUUAACCGCAGGUGUAACUCUUUGUAUCUCGAUAAGCCUUGAUGCUCUGAGCCUCCAGUCGUUUGAGUCCAAGCUUGGCAUGAGGCAACUAAUGCAGGUACAGGCCAUGCUCAAGGACAAGUCUAUUGUUGCCUCUCAGGGUCUUGACAUCAUGAGAAAGCUAAUGUCUCUGGUGAUGGCUAAAGAAACCGAUGCCAUGUUUGAGACCGAGCCGCCAACCAUGAGAAUUGAGCCAACAAGAACAAGUAUACCCGGCAGUGUGAUUCGGGACGAGGAGCGGAUAAUUGAUUCUAGAGAAGAAGAUCCUGAACAAAGUCCAGCCGGCACUCACACAGGCAUGCUUACAAACAUUAAUUUGGAUCCCCAAACACUGGGUAUUGCGAACAGUAUUACAGCAGAGGCAAACAAUAUGACCUAUGAAGGUCAAAGUGUCGACUUUUGUGAGAACAGCCUCUUGAAUGACGCUCUCUUGGAAUAUGAGCAAGUAACAAAUUUUCCAUUUACCGAAGACACUAUGAGUGAUCAAGAUACUGCUGGCAUAGGCUUUGGACAGAAUCAAGGUUGGAUAUGGGGUUGGAGUUUUGGUGAAGGGAUUUAG